CUAAUGGUCUCUUUGGUGCCCAUAAGCUUGAAAGAAAUGAAAUGAUGGGUUGUUGGUCACGGCAAUGCUGCCUGUCGUGCUGCCAACGAGAGGCUUGCCAGUCGUUCAUCCUUGUUGUCACAGCAUAUCAACUUUCAGAAGCUUAAGAGGAGUCCCUCGAUGGACUUUUAUACACACAAUUGCACGGAAUAUUGCAAGCUCACGAAAUUCGCACAGAUCACUUCUGAUCUGCAGAAGUCAGCAGGUGGCCCCAGAUGAGGAAUUUGAUUGGGCUGCACGCUAUCAAGGCGCUUUGAGGACAGUGCCAUUAGCUACUGGAGCUCUGGGUAUUGUCGGAGUAUUGGUCAACAGGCUUGUGUCAGGGAUAGCCCCAGUUGUGGACGCAUCCUCAGCCCAGUCUCGCGCAGAUGUGCUCGUGAUCGGGCUGUCGGCAGUCCUUGUGCUCACAGGCCUCCAGUGGCUCUCCCUGAAGCCAAGGCCCCUGACUGCUGUGGAGCCAAUUGCAGAUUAUGUUUCCUUCAUUGACUCCCAGCUCUCAGAUGAGGCAAAGGCAGAGCUCAGAUGGCUGUGGCGUGCUUUGCGCUUUUCAAGCAGGUGCAGAGGCGUGGUGGUCAUUCACAAGGGCAGGUGCAUCAUGCACUGUGGCAUGGCUGCCCCUGGAACUGUGCCUGGCAGCGCAUCUGCGGGGCCCAUUGGGGCUGUAGCAAUGAAGAGCGGCUCUGGCAGUUACUUGGCCAACCUCAUUCUUUUUCCAGGUCGCGUGGAGUUCACAGAGUACUUUCCAGAGAACACGCAAGGGGUCUUGGUGCAGCCGAUUGGUGAGGAGGGCCUGCUCGUGUGUGGCACUGACACACAGAGGGGCUUUGGCCGUCUAGAUCAGGCAUGGAUUGCUGCCAUCGCCGAGAAGCUGGACAUCGCACUGAGGGAACCCGAGGAAGCUCUGCAGGCCGUAAGUACAGAUUAGCAAGGAGGCGUGGAGUGCAAUAGCUGGCAAUAAAUCGUGAGGUGAAAUUGGACAGUCUGGAAAGAUCUCCAGCACAUUACAAGUCAAGCCUUCCAUGCAAUGGUGUAAGUGUCAUCUCAUGUAUC